AUGGACGCCAUCAUCACUCAGAUCUCGUCUCUGGCCAAAGAUGCCGACGAUGUUGGCCGGCAAGCUAUAUUGAAGGCUCUUCAACAGCUUCAGGCUCAGCUGGAGAGCCCGGUCGAGGUGUUUCUGAAGCUGUACAAUGCGUCAAUCCAAGUCAAUGUGGUUUAUGUUGCCGUCCAACUGGGACUGUUCAAACACAUUGCGGAAGAUGCCUCGUCGCCAGUGAGCGUGGCUCAGAUCGCUGAAAGGUCGAGUGCAUCUCCUGAACUACUUCGAAGGCUGCUUCGUUAUCUAGCCUCGUUCGGGUUCAUCUCCAACCCAGCAGAAGAUCAAUACCAGGCCACCAAGAUAACGCAUUUCCUCGCCAGUCCCUUGGCUGAUGCGGGUAUGAUACAUUGUGUCGACACUUGUGGCCCUGCAACUAGUGCCCUGCCGGCGUUCCUUGCGGAAAACUCGUAUGCAGACAUCUCCUCAAACACCAACACGCCUUUUCAGAAGGGGCACAAUACGGAACUUGGCGCUUUCGAAUGGCUUGCAAAGCAUCCCAAGAAUUUCAAUGCCCUGCAAUUUACCAUGACAGCCCUCCAAAAUGCAGACUGGCUCAAGGACCUGAGCGUGCUUGACCAAGCGGUACAACAAGCCAGAGAUGGUUCUGAAAGACCAUUCUUCGUCGACGUCGGUGGCGGCCACGGUCAUCAGUGCAAACAGCUUCUGGAGAAGUAUCCCAGCCUCCAGGGAUCAGUUGUCCUGCAGGACCUUCCUGAGGCUGUGGACAAGUUGGCACCCAUACAGGGGGUCAAGGCCAUGGCGCAGAAUUUCUUCGAAAAACAGUCUGUCCAAGGAGCGCGUUUCUAUUACCUUCGUCGGAUCAUGCACGACUGGCCGGAUGAUGACUGCGUGACCAUCCUCUCCAAAUUGGUCGAAGCAAUGGACAGCGACUCGCAGAUACUGGCGGAUGAAGUGUUUCUGACAGACGUAAAUGUGCCAUGGCCAGCUUCGACGCAGGACAUCUCGAUGAACAUCCUCUUCGGAGGCAAGGAGCGAACACGGAGGGAAUGGGCGAGUCUGAUGGAGAAGUCGGGCUUAAAGUUGGUGGAUGUUCGCACAUACAACCCUUCAACUUGUGCUGCCAUCCUUGUACUGGAAAAGGUGUGA